AUGGCCCAAGCAAUAAUUGGUAAAGUACCAUAUUUUGAUCACACUCAAAAUAAUUGGGCUAUAUUCCACACCCAAUUGGAUCAGUUUUUUAUUGCAAACGAAAUAGUGAAUGAACCAAAGAAAAAAGCCAUCCUAUUAACAUCGUUAUGUAAAACGUCACAUAUGCUGUUGCAAAAUUUGGUGAGUCCGGCGAAAGUUGAAGAUGUCGUUACAACGUUUGACAUGUGUUUGGCAGUGAUGAAUAAGCAUUUUAAGACUGCUACAUCUGGGUUUGCUGAGCGAUUUAAAUUUUACAAUGCUACAAAAUCUUCCACGGAAACUAUAAAUGAAUGGGCGGUCCGUGUUAGAUCGUUGGCUGUACAUUGUGAAUUCGGUGCUAACUUAGAAACGGCUAUUCGAGAUAAGUUUGUGAUGGGGUUGGAAAAGGGUCCGGCCCGUGAUAAAAUCUUUUUGGAGUCUGUGGAGAGCUCAUUUGAAAAGGUCGUUGAAAUCGCCAACAAUGUGGAAUAUGCUAAGCACCAAUAUGAUGUCAUAGAGGACAUUAAGGAGGAAAAUUUGCAUUUUAUUAAAAUAAAUAAGACGAAACAACAAAAGGAGCAAUACCAGGUUAAAACUGCAACACAACAACAGUGCAAGGUGGAUGUGUUAUUGAAAUCAUAUAAUGGCAUGGAUAUAACUCCUUUAGGAUCGUGCAACGUCGAGGUUAAAUAUGGAAAUAAAACUAAGGUAAUUCCUAUUAUUGUAAUUAAGAAUGGUGGCCCACCAUUGUUGGGUAGGAAUUUUUUAAAAAAUUUUGAAAUUAAAAUUUGUAACCUAAAUUAUUCGGUACCUAUGGCAAAUGCACAACAAAUUAUUGGAGAAUUUAAGAAUCUUUUUGAUGGUAGUUUUGGGUUGUUUAAGGGAGGUCAAGCAGUUUUGAAAAUCAAAGACCAAACUAUACCAAAAUUUUUCAGGCCAAGGCCUUUACCUUUGGCAAUUAAGGACAAAGUGGAAAAGGAAAUAGAUAACCUUGUAAGAAUGAAUAUUUUGCAACCAGUUGGUUACUGUGAGUGGGGUACUCCUAUUGUGCCCAUCGUGAAGAAAAAUGGAGGAAUUAGAAUUUGUGGGGACUUUAAAGUUACCCUUAAUCCGUAUUUAAAUGUUGAGAAAUACCCAUUGCCUCGAAUUGAGGAUAUUUUUUCCAAAUUGCACGGUGGGGAGGAAUUUACAAAAUUAGAUUUGAGCAUGGCCUACCAACAAAUUCAAUUGGAUGAACAAUCAAGGAAAUAUACUACUAUUUCAACUUCAAAGGGUCUGUUUCAGUACACUAGAUUAAUUUAUGGUUUGGCUUCAGCUCCUACUAUAUUCCAGAGGAUUAUGGAUUCUGUUUUAGCAGGGUUAGAUGGAGUUGUCGUGUUUUUAGAUGACAUUUUGAUCAGCGCACCUAAUAGGAAAUUACAUGUUGAAAGACUCAAGCGUGUUCUUAACAUUUUAAAUGCUGCCGGGUUUAAAUUGGCGUCGGAGAAGUAUACCAAAUUUGUUUGGAACGAUAGUUGUUCCACGGCUGUUGAUCACCUAAAAUCUUUGUUGUUGGCUGAUAAUUGUUUGGCACAUUUUAAUGUGAAUUAUAAUACCAGAUUGACGGUAGAUGCCAGUCCAGUGGGUGUGGGCGCAGUUUUGUCUCAAAUUGAUGAACAGGGUGUAGAAAGACCAAUUGAAUUUGCGUCGAGAUCUUUAACGGAUACGGAAAAAAGAUAUUCGCAAUUAGAUCGUGAAGCAGUGGCUAUUUUAUUUGGCGUUAAGAAAUGUAGAAGAGAUUGGCAACACAACAGAUCCCUUGCUGCUAAGCAGAGGCUGUCCAUUGCAAGCAAGAAAUUAAAAAGAGCCCUUCAGUCUGAAGAGGAUCGCAGAAAUCGAAACUAUAUUGAAAGUUUAACCAGUACUAAGCACACAAACUUCUCCCUUUGGAAGGCAUCUAUGAAUAUUAAGCGACUGGUAGAGGGUCAAAGUCCGAUAAGAAAAUCUGAUGGUUCCUGGGCACGUAGUGCAAAGGAUAAAACCGUAGUUUUCGCUGAACACUUAAGUAAUGUGUUUCAACCAAACCCCCCAUCAAAUAAUUUUGUGUUGGGGGAUUUACCUGUUCGGAUAGGAACAGACUCCGAACUAAUCAAUGUUAGUAUAGAAGAUGUUCAGACGAUCAUAAAGGACAAUCUUAAACUAAGAAAGUCUGCAGGUUAUGAUUUAAUUACACCUUCCAUGAAUGCCUACUGCCUUCUAGAACUCACAAAAUACUAG